UUUUCUUUAGAAGUGGAGCCUCUCCAAACUGACAGGACUACACAACAGACCCAGGAGAGACAACACACAGUUCUGGGAUUACUUCUUGAGGAAUUUUCUCAUCGAAAACUAACACUAACUUCACACAGUAUUUGGCUAUCAUUUUCUUCUGUUUUACAGUUUUCACCAGGGUUUGUACAACACAGGACUAUUUUGAAAUCAUAACAAUUCCUUUCACAAUAGUCCCACAGGCGUUGUGAGCCUGGCAAGCGAGGCUACUUUCACACAAGCUUCAAACUAUCUUUAAAGUAUCAUCAGUUGUUUUUGGACUAUUUGGGCUGUGGACUGUCCAAUUCACCGUCUUGAGUCACUCUGACUGCCUGGACCAUUUUACGAUUUUCUAAACAGUUUUCGGAGACUAUUCUAUCCUAGGACUACCCUACCUCUCAUUGCCAUGGCGAACAGCUGUCUCCAGCUCAGCGGUUUUGUGAUGAGUUGUAUCGGCUGGGUCGGGAUCCUUAUCGCCACGGCCACCAACGACUGGGUAGUGACAUGUAAAUACGGCAUGAACACCUGCAAGAAGAUGGACGAGUUAGGAGCCAAGGGCCUGUGGGCUGAAUGUGUCAUUUCAACCGCCCUCUAUCACUGUAUAUCACUGACACAGAUAUUGGACCUACCGGCAUACAUCCAGACGUCGAGGGCAUUGAUGAUAACUGGAUCCCUCCUGGGGCUGCCUGCAGUGGGGAUGGUCCUAACAGCCACGCCCUGCAUCUCUCUGGGUGAUGAGCCUCAGUCAGCCAAGAACAAACGAUCCCUACUUGGGGGAGUUCUCAUACUGCUAGUGGCUCUCUGUGGGGGGGUGUCCACAGUAUGGUUUCCUAUCGGAGCCCACCAGGACCAGGGACUCAUGUCGUUUGGGUUCAGCCUGUACGCUGGCUGGGUGGGCACGGCCUUCUGUCUCCUGGGAGGGGCCAUGAUCACCUGCUGUUCCACUGAACCGUCCCAACACUACAAUCACCAUGACAACGACAGGUUCUACUACUCCAAAGGACAGGGGCCUGGCAACCCUGUUCCACCCUCCACUAACCAUGCCAAGAGUGCCCAUGUUUAGACACACAUGAAGUACAUACGUGCACACACACACACGCACACACACACACACAGACACACACCAGUGUUGUGUAAUGCAGAGCGACGUCUAACCUGGUGCCUGAAGAGAAACCAAGGGGUCCUGAUCGGGACAACCCUGCUCUGAUGAAGGACUAAUUUUCAUCUCUUUGUUAUACAAUGAAGGCUAGGGUUAGGGUUCUUUGUUUUACAAUGAAGGCUAGGGUUAGGGUUAGGGUUAUUUGUUCUACAAUGAAGGCUAGGGUUAGGGUUCUUUGUUCUACAAUGAAGGCUAAGGUUAGGGUUCUUUGUUCUACAAUGAAGGCUAGGGUUAGGGUUCUUUGUUCUACAAUGAAGGCUAGGGUUAGGGUUCUUUGUUCUACAAUGAAGGCUAAGGUUAGGGUUCUUUGUUCUACAAUGAAGGCUAGGGUUAGGAUUAGGGUUCUUUGUUUUACAAUGAAGGCUAGGGUUAGGAUUAGGGUUCUUUGUUUUACAAUGAAGGCUAUGAUUAGGAUUAGGGUUCUUUGUUCUACAAUGAAGGCUAGGGUUAGGAUUAGGGUUCUUUGUUCUACAAUGAAGGCCAAGGUUAGGGUUCCUUGUUCUACAAUGAAGGCUAAGGUUAGGGUUAUUUGUUCUACAAUGAAGGCUAGGGUUAGGAUUAGGGUUCUUUGUUCUACUGUGAAGGAUAACUGUGGAUGGAAAGUACUGUGCACCUGUCAGUGCAUUUUAUAGAAAAUAUAGUGUACCUUUUUUAAUAAAGACUGUCUUGAUUUUUAGUGUUUUGAUAAAUACCAUGUAUUGAAUGUUUCUUGUUGUUGAUUAUACAUUGAUCAUUAUGUGGGUACCUACCUGUGUUCCAACAGUACUGUGGUAAGGAAAUGUAUUAUUAUAUAGUUUCAUUAUACGAUGACAAACCGAUGAAAUUGCAAUAUAGCCAUUCUCUCAAACACUGCCAAGUCAGUUUCUUCAGCCUGAUGGAACGGUUAGUGAUAGGGUUGGCCUAACAAUCUGGCCAUCCGGAAUCACAACAACACGCUGACUUCUUCCCCAUGGAAGCGCGCACAUCGUUUUUCGUGACGUUGUCAGCUAAUCCAUUUAUACUGUAUGCAGCGUUGACCGUGAAUGCAGUCUCUGCUAACGCAGGAAUAUUACCUUUACAUUUUUAACGCGCUAUAGCGCAGACCUUUAGUGCUCGAGCCCCUAGAGGGCUUGAGUGACCGUAAUGAACAAAUUAUGUUUUGACAAAGAGAACUACAACUAAAAUUGUUAAGAUAACAUGAUUCAUUUCCUGUUUGAUCCACAUCUGUAGCAGAGGAUGUGUACUGUUUCUAUGUCUCCAGGUUUCAUAUCUCUGGCAACAUGGUCCCUCCCUUUUUCACGUCUAGACCUCUGCAUCUCUAAUGACACCCUACCCUAUAUAGUGCACUACAAAGGACAGAUGGGGGUAAACACGACAUUGUAUGUGUCUCUGGCCUGUGUUAACGCAGCACGCUGGGGUGUCAUUUCAGAUGUGUUUGUUCAUAUGUGGUCUAUACACCAGAGUAACACUCCCUCUCUGUAGUUCUAGCAAUACAUCUUUGUUUAAACACAGACACGUUUGUGUUUAUCUUGGUUAAUGUAUUGUGCUAUGUUGUGCUAUCCCAGUGUUUUUGUUCGAUUUUCUGUAAUAAAUAAAAAUGUCAUUUGGUUAAUACUAAUAAUAAUAAUGACAAAGUCCCAA